GUCCGUGACGUUAAGAUGUAGUCGCCAAAAUCGACCAGGCUCAAUACAAAUACCCAGAAGAUGGAAUUCACAUUUAGACUAUUGCUCAUCGCCUUUCUGAUCGGAGCGCUCCAUUGCCGACUGGCCCACAUGCAAGCCAACAGACAACCGCAGGGCCCCAUGAAGUACUGCGGCAGCCAAAUCGGCCAAGCACUUUCGGUCGUCUGCAAGGGCAACUACAACACACUCAAACGGAUCGACCGUUACUCUCGGCCGAAUUGGGACACGAUGUACGGGGACGCGCCGAUGGCGGAGCCGGCCGCCCCGUCGGCGGAGGAGUUUCCGUACCGGAGCCGGGCGGAGGCGGCGUCGGUGAUGGGGGGCAAGCGUCGGAAGAAGCGUUGGGGCGUCUACAACGAGUGCUGCGAGAAGUCGUGCACGCGAGAGGAGCUGUCGUCGUAUUGCGCGCCGCCGUCGCGACGCCGCCGCCGAUAGACACGUCGAUGACAGUCGGCUGUCAGUUGUCGGUUGUCGACAGUCGGCUGUCAGUUGUCGGUU